AUCCUCCCUCCCUGCCUCCUUGGGCAAGUUCCCCACCUUGUUGCAUCUGUUCUGCUAGGAGGAUAUAGGGAGGCAGCCGGAGUGGGCGCAGCACUGCCAAGCCUGCUUCAUCAUGCAGUCUGGGGGCCUCCUCCUCCUCCUCCUCCACUUCCUCCUGCUGGUGGGGAUCCUCGCUGUCUCCACAGACCCUAGGGAUGCUCUCCAAGCACGCUGCUACGAACCAAAUGAAAUUGGUCGAUGUGCUGCAUAUCUGCCCCGCUUCUUCUACAACCAAACCACGGGGCAUUGUGAGCCUUUUUUCUAUGGCGGCUGCCAGGGAAAUGGAAACAGGUUUCGCACUCUCGAGAAGUGCCAGGAGAUCUGCCAAAGAGGAGAUGGAGAAAACCCAUGAGAGCGAUGCAGAGUCUGCAGCCCCAGCAAUACAUGUUUGAUCCUGCUUCCUGUGGCUUUAACCCCUUGUCCUGCUUAAAAUGGUAAUCG